UACAGUUCGUUAACAGCGUCGGCGGCGUGUGAAUGCAAAGCGGAUGAUUUAUUUUUGUAUUAAUAAACACGACGAGCACAUAAAUAUUUAAAAAGAAAAUGCAUUUGUGCAAGCGGAAAGCAAAGCGAAAAUAUGGCCUGUAAAUUAUAUCAUAAAUGUGAAAGUAUUGACCACGCGUCUGUGGCAAAAUCGAAGUGAAAAAGAGCAGUGCGAGUGGGAGAAAAAAUCAAUUGAAAAAGAAAAAUUGCAUUUCGUUGUGCCAGCCCCCGAAUCGAAAAAAAGUGUAUUGUAGUAGUAGUAGUGGAAAAUAUUAAGUUGUUGUUCGUUCGUGUUUUUUUUGGUGCGCGAGUUUUGUGGGGUGCAAGUAGUGAAGAAGCGACAAAUAAGAAGAAGAAGCAGCAGCUGCAGAAAUAGCAAAAGGAGACAACGACGACAGCAGAAGCAGCCAAAGCCAAAGCGGGGCCAGCGUAAUAAAGUGUAGAAAAAAUGAGUUCAAGUUGUGAAAGAAUAGAAUGGGUGGAAAUUAUCGAGCCGCGCACCAAGGAGCACAUGUAUGCCAAUCUAACAACUGGCGAGUGUGUCUGGGAUCCACCCGAAGAUGUGCCAAUUAAGCGCACCGACUCAUCGCAGUGGUGGGAACUGUUUGAUACAAAUACGCAACGCUUCUAUUACUACAAUGCGGCCACGCAGAAGACCGUGUGGCAUCGGCCGAGCAAGUGUGAUAUUAUUCCGCUGGCCAAGCUGCAGACGCUCAAACAGAACACCGAUCCCAGUGAGCGGCGGGAGCAGACGACGCCCCAGAAGCAAUCGUCAUCGCUGCAAAAGCAUCCCCAACACCAACAGCAACAACAGCAGCAGCAGCAGCAACAGCAAUUGCAACAACAAUCUUCGCCCAUGUCGGCGGCCAAUAAGAAGGGGCGUGGCCAGCGGGCAAGUGGCGGCAAUGGCACAGUGGCCAGCUCGGAGGAGAAACUCAGCAGCUCCGUCACUGGCAACGAAAUGAUCUCUAGUCCACGAGGCCGACAAAGUUUUCGCGUCGGCACUGGUGACUCAUCCCGUUCAAUGGACAUGCAACAAUCACUGCCCCAGCAGCAGCAGCAGCAACAACAACAGCAACAACAAGGCUAUGGCUCUCGACGUUCGCAAGACUCGUGCAAUCACUACAAGGAGUCGGGCAAGUCGAGCGACUCGAGUCUCUCCAGCGCCCACGGCUAUCGACGCUUCAACGAUGCGUCCAAUGGCGCCGCCUUGCCCAAUGAUGGACUGCGUCUGGGCUCGUUGCAGAAGCAGCAACGCUCUGGCAAGGAUAAUGGCGCCUUUGAAAUGUUGCAAGAAAGCACAAGCUCGCAUAAUUUACCGCAUGGCUCGUCCUCGUCCUCAUCCUAUGUUGGUGGUAGUGUGAUCGGUGACAGCAGCAGCAGCAAUAAGUACUUUGAUCAUCAGCUUCUGCCCAGCCACAUGCAGGGCUAUUGCUCCUCCAAGUCAUCCGAUAUUGCCUCACCCACGCAUUCGAUACAUACGCCGCAGGCGCAGAAGAAGAAAAUCUCCCCCGAUGCCGAUCGUCAAUACAACUACGCACAACAGCAGCAGCAACAACAACAGCAGCAUCAGCAACAGCAACAACAACGCAACGCACAGCGUUCGACAGGUGGAGGAGGAAGUGUGGCAGGUUCGGGAAAAUCCUUUGGUGCAGCUAUGGCAGAUCGCGAAUACAAAGUGUCGCUAGCGCGCUCUGGCAGCUUCAUGUCCUCGUCGAUUAAUCCUGCCGCCGCAGGACAUCACAGCAAAUCAUAUCGCAAGAGCAGCGCCGAGGCGAAUGGCAGCACAGCGGCUGGCAGCGGCGGAGGAGGAGGCGGUGGAGCGGCCAGCGAUGAUUCAAUGCAUGAGAAGUACUUCAAGUCUGUGGAGAAUACUCCGCAGUCGCGACGCCGCCACACAACGAAUGCCAAAGGUCACGGCAGUGGGGGCGGUGGGGCCAGUGGCAGCAACACGGCAACCAGCACAGCUGGAAGUGGCAGCAGUGGCCACAAGAAGCACUCGAGCGACUCCAGUCCGCAGAGUCCGAUUAGUCCGCAGACGAAGAGUUCCCGACAGGCCAAGACGAGCGCCACGAAUCCGCCGCCACAGCUGCAGCUGCAGCAUUCGCAUCGGCUCGACGAGCCGCCCAAUUCGACGCUGGAUCUGCUCAGCUUGGAGCGCAUGUCGUUGAGCAAGGGGGCACCCAUCUCGCCCAGCGCUGGCUCCGACAAUCUGGGCAUGUUAACGCAUUCGUCGCGUGGCUCCAACGAUUCGGCAGCGCGACGUCAGAAGUCCAACAACUCCACAGCGAAUCGCUCGCAAUCGCAUCACUAUCCUGGACAGGGAUCGCUGCGGCACAGCGCCAGCUCGAGUCUGGACAAACGUGGCUAUUAUCCUCUCCAAAGCGGCAGUGGGGAGAAGCGUGAUUCGCGUCGCUCGAAGAACACAUCGUCGUCGCAUCAUUAUCAGCAGCACUUGCAGCCUGACAACAGCGAUGUGGAGUACGACAAUGGCAACAUUUCGCCAUUGUACAGCAACUGUGGCCAGGAGAUGCCGCAUCUGACAAAGCUCAAGCACUACAUUCUUGAGCAGGCGAAACUAUUCAAUCGCUACGAUUAUGGCGAUGGCGAGGGCGGUGGUGACUCGGACUCGUAUCACUCGGAUAGUCAGUCGGAGCAUUCGCUGUCGGGCCAUGAGCCGGACAACGAGGACUCGGAUGGCGGCUCUGAUACCCAUGGCGGUUACUUGGAGCACAACUAUGGUAUGAUCGAUGACUAUGCUAACAUGGGCGACAGCGUCUCCUACUACGCUUAUCAGUAUCCACCCUACGAUCCAGCUGGACGCGAAGAUAUUUCCGACAACGUGGAGGCUGUGCUGGAGGGCAUUGGUGGCAACACGGAACCAGCUGCGGCGCCAAAGCCAAAGCCACGCUAUCAGAUCUCAUACUACGACACCGUCUCGCACAGUCCAUCGUCGUCUGUGGGCCAGGGCCAUCAGUACAACCAGCACAAUCAGCAGCUGUAUUCGAAUACGCCCUCGUACCCGUUUGCCAGCCAUGGACAUGGUCACGGGCAUGGCUUGGGGCCACCGCCGGUGGCGCCACCGCAUCAGCAGCAAUUGCAUUUGGAUCCGAACGAUGCGUCCAGUGCCAAGCAAAAGCAAUCGCAGACAUUGCCCUCGCCCAAUCGUCAAAUCUCACGUCUAGUCGCCGGUCAGUUAACCAAAGAAGAUGCCAAUCAGCAGCAGCAGCUGGCGCCGCAUCAACCGCAGCUGCCAUCGGCCCAUGCAGCCCAGUCGGCUGUCAUCAGCAGUCUCAGCCGUGGUGGCAAUCAUAAGCUGGCACCGCCAUCACUUAAACCCACCAUCCAGCAGAUCUUUCCGCCCAGCGAGCGUGCACCUGGCGCUCCAAUGCUGGCCUGCAUGAAGGAAUGUGAUAUCGAGAAGUUUGCCGCCGACAAUAUGAAUCUCCAUUCGAAGGGCAUCUUCCGCAAGAAGGCCUCUGUGCGUGACAUGCUCAGCUGGACGGCGGAGGCCAUUGGUCGACCCAUGUUGGCACUGUCGCGUGACAAAGCGGACAAAAAGACGGCCAUUGAGUUGUUCAAGUUGGUGCAAAUCUACAUGGGAGAUCGCAAGGCGCGCGUUGGCAUGAAUCUCAAUUCGGUGGCCAUAGACAUAAUCACAGCAUCCCUACCACAACAGCAAUUACGGGAUGAGUUGUACGUGCAGCUGUGUCGCCAGACCACGGAGAAUCCCAAGCGCGAGUCGUUGAUACGCGGCUGGGAGCUGAUGGCCAUUUGUCUCUCUUUUGUGCCGCCUUCGCCAACGUUUCAACCCACGCUUCUCAACUAUGUGAAUCGGCAUCGUGAUCCUUCGUUUGCUACUGGCUUCUUGGAGGUGUGCAAGUGGCCCAUUCACGUGCAGAUCUCGCAUUAUGCAACCGUGUGCUGUCGUCGCUUGGAUCGUAUUGGCAGCAGUGGACGUCGUUUGGCCAAGAAGCCCACCGAGGAUGAAGUUGAGCAGGCGCGGCAACAAAUCCUGCGCAACAGCAUGUUCGGCAAUACAUUGCCUGAAGUGAUGGAUUUGCAAAAGGACAAGUUUCCAUUCCGAAAGCUGCCCUGGAUACAAACCACGCUUUCGGAGCAUGUACUCUUGCUCAAUGGCAAGCAAACGGAGGGAAUUUUUCGUGUGUCCGCCGAUGUGGAUGAAGUCAAUUGCAUGAAGAAUCGCUUGGAUCGGUGGGAUGUUCCUGAUUAUAAGAACACAAUGGUUGAUGCCCAUGCGCCCGCUAGUCUACUUAAGUUAUGGUAUCGCGAACUGUACGAUCCGCUUAUACCCGAUGAUUAUUACGAGGAUUGCGUGAACACUGAGGAUCCCGACAAAGCCAAAGAAAUAGUUAAUAAGUUGCCCCAAAUUAAUCAACUGGUCCUAACGUAUUUAAUACACUUUCUGCAACAAUUCUCGAAUCCAGAGGUUGUUAGCUGCACAAAAAUGGAUUCAUCGAAUCUGGCCAUGGUAUUCGCGCCAAAUUGUUUACGCUGCACUUCAGAUGAUCCCAAGGUGAUACUGGAGAAUGCACGCAAAGAGAUGUCCUUUAUACACGUCUUGAUACAGCACAUGGACACAGCACAUGUGGCCAAUCUGGUUUAGAGCUUUGACAGCUGCAGCGCUUAGGUGUAAAGGAAACUAACCAAAAAUACAAAAAAUGAGAAAAUCCCUACAAACACAUAUAUGUAAACGUUAUUAACCUAUCCUAACUUAAUUACAUACUUACCUAUGCAACUUGAAACUUCAACUUGACCUUAAAUGAAGCAAUGAAAAUGAAAUGCCAAUUGAGUAUCAAACACAGCUCCUAACUAACUCCUAAAUUUAACUACUUAUAAUAAUUUUGCUACUCGAAUUUUCUUACUAACUGCUAUCAAAUGAUUCAAUCUAUAUUUUGGGUAUACUUAGGUCGCACAUUUACAACAACAACAACAAAAAACAGCAACAAAUACUCAGAAUUGUCAGCAUUGUAACGCGUAGUGCUUUUCAAACCAAAAAAACCAAAAACUUUAAUCGAACACAAAUACAGAGCGAAAUCAAGAGAAAACUGUUAAAUGUAAACUUAAUGUGUGCAUGCCUAGUUAUGUGUGAAAUUGUAGUUUAAUUUAUUUAUUUCGCGUUUCGUUUUAUGAAAUUUCACGCAGGAAACAAAAAGCAAAAUACUCAAACUCAAAGUAACUCUCAAAUCAAUGAAACCUUGAACAACAUGUGAAGCAUAUAAAUAUUUAAAUUAAUACAAAAAUAUACAUAUUAAAUAUAAAUAAAUGUACUGUAAGCAAAAGCGAAUGCAAUAAUUGGAUGAAAAUUAUGAAAUAAAACUGCUUAUAAAUUACAUGCAGAAAUUUAGUGCUAUAUAUAAUAAAAAUAAAAAACAAAAAUA